AUGUCACAGUUCCCUAUAACGAAUAUUACUAAUGAAACAUUUUCUAAAUUUAUGUAUCAUGAUCGUAAGUUACAAUUUAUAUGGAAUAUAUACUCAUUUAAUUAAAAGAUAAUAAUAUCUCAUUUAAAAUAAAAUAUAUCUAUUUACAGGUAAUAAAACAAGAUCUAAUUUACCAUUUCAAAUAGCUCUAUAUGUGAAUCUGUGGCUUUUCCCAGUUUGGCUGUUGAUUUCUAUUGUUAACUUGGAUGCAAAAUACAAUAAUUUGUCAAAUGUUUAUAAAUUGUUAGCUGUAGCAACAUUUCUGGUACUUUCAAUUUUUGAAAGUUUAAAACUAUAUUUGGGAUACCUAGGAAAUCUUACUGGAAAGAUUCCAGAAUUAACUAGUUGUUGGUUAAUCUCAAUAUUAAUACAGCUUCCCCUAGAGGCAUUCCUUCUUUUUGAUCGUGGGAUAUUAUCUCAUUCUAGCGAAAUAUUAAUCAAUUUUUUUAUGGUUUGUCUUCUUCUUAUUGAAAUUAUUACAGGAAUGAUUGCUUUAAUGAAUUUGGCAGAUCACCGUGCUAAAGUAUUUUAUUUAAUGCAUUUAUAUGAUACAUAUACAUAAUGUGAAUAUCCUAAAAUAACUUUAUAACUAGGAAUUAUAUAUAGAUUUUUGAGCAAAUAGGUUUAUAGGUUAAGUAUUAUUAUACAGUAUACUAGUGUAUCAUAUCAAAGUACUAUUGUCCAAUUUUUCCUUUAGCUAAUAUUCUUAGUUAAUGACACCUAAUGAAUACAAUUUUGAGACUAACAAAACAUUUUAUCUUGAAGGAUCAAGAUUAUUAGUUUUAUAA